AUGCGCGGCGGGCACGCGGGGCGCGGCCACCGCUGCCCGGGAGAGGACGAAGACUCGGACGACGAGGGCGUCUGGGACCUGCUGCGCGGCGCGGCCUGCGAUGGCGCGGGCGAUGACGUGGACCAGCCUCGGAGGGCGCCAGCCAUACAGUAG